AUCUUGAGACAACAAUCUCAAAAUCUGUUUAUCAUGGAUCGCUGCCUUUUCAGAAAGACACCAGAUGGGGUCUACCUUUUCUUCAUUGUUUUAUUAGUAAAAAUAUCUGGGGGAGAAACUCUCAGCUUUUCUGGUUUACCUGCAACGAGCAAUAUUGCAGAAAAUUCACCUUCUGGUACCGUAGUGCAUGCAUUCCAGGUCAACCUAACCCCACAUCUGCUGCCAAACAUUACAAUACCGUUUGAGUAUCCAUUAAUCGUCAAUUCAAAUCCACUCACGAAAGCUUUCCGGAUCAACCCCAUAUCUCCACUCCAGUACCAGGUGGUUGCUACAGGCGAUCCGGUUCUAGAUUAUGAAACGAUGCCGCACGCAUUUGAUCUGCAGAUCCUUGUGGCUGAUUCGGCGGGAGCCAUGGAACUACAGGUUCUGACGGUCCAAGUGACUGACGUCAAUGAACCUCCAGUGUUUCAAGGCAACUUGGCAAAUCAAACCGUCAUAAUCUACAUCUCGGAAAAGACACCACCAGGAAAUAUUUAUCAAGUUCAUGCGGGAGAUCCAGAAAAGACACCCCCUAAAAAUGUUAGCUUUUCCCUGAGUUCAGAUUCCACAUUCUUUGAAAUUUCUCCAACUGGAACCAUUACUACUUGGAAGUCAUUUGAUUUUGAGAAAGAUCCACCGAGCUAUACAUUAAAUGUUACCAUAAAAGACAGCCUUGGUGUUAGCGUUAAGAGGACCCUAAUGGUCAAUAUCAUAAAUGUUAUUGAUCGAGAUCCUUACUUCGUCACGAAAGAGAAUGUUUUCAAGAUUCCUGAAGAGGCACCAGCAAAUAUGUUUGUAGCCAAUAUAACAGCCAAGGAUCCCGAAGUCGAAGAUUUUAUUCAUAGCCUUCGCUACAGCAUGGGAGCCCCUGAAGCAAUCCCUAAAUUCUCCAUCAAUCCAAUGACAGGUAUGGUCUCGGUGGCCGGCCGGCUAAAUCGUGAUGCUGCUCCCCUCAAUACCAAUCCUAAUAUUUCUUUGACCAUUCGUGUUGAGGACAGCGCUACCCAUAAAAGAACGGCUGAAAUUGAAAUUUUCAUAUUUAUUGAGGAUAUCAAUGACCUUCCACCCGAAUGCACAAAAUACAAUCACAGGGUGCCAAUUCCUGAAACGGCUUCCCCUGGAUUUGAAAUAAUCAAUUUAAAGAAUGAUUGCAAAGAUGACGAUGUGGAAUCCCCACACAAUUUGUUUAACUUCACCGAACUGUCUGGGGUUGGAAGUCAUAAAUUUACCCAGGAUCCUCCUCACUCCGGAAUAAUUAAGCUUACAGGAAAUGUAGACUUGGAAAACACAACGGACGGAAGCCUGCAGAGACAAUAUAUUCUGAAUACCCUCAUCCAGGAUGUUUCUAAGCCUUCCUUUUCUCAACGGAUUUACAUUUAUAUUGACAUUCAGCCGGUCAAUGAGUUUCCUCCAGUCUUCAAUAGCUCUUUGUACACUUUUAACGUAUCUGAAAUAGUACCAUCCAGCUCUUCUAUCGGAAGCGUGUUUGCUACUGACAAGGAUUUGCCUCCCACUGGAAUUUCUUACUCCAUUUUGUCCGGAGAGAGCGGUGGACGUGUCACAGACCUAUUUGUAAUUGAUCCCCAGCUGGGUAUUUUGCAGAACACAAAGCGAUUAGACUAUGAAACACAACGAGUACACACUCUUGAAGUGCAAGCUUCUGACAACAAUGGCAAGACUGGAAAUUCCUUCGUAAUAAUAAAUAUUCUUGAAGUAAACGAUGAACCACCCAUAUGCACUCCUGAUGGACAGUUGCUGGAAGUGCCCGUGGAUCUAAGUUUGGGCAUUAUUAAUAGUUUCAGUAUUACCUGCGUGGAUCGGGAUUCAAGUCCAAAGUCGUUCCGCUAUACUAUCACGUCAGGUAACGUGAAUAACCAUUUUGACUUCUCGCCAAAGGCCGGCUCCAAUUUCUCCAGGUUAGUCCUGACCAACCCAUUCGAUUAUACGUCAGGAAUAGACAAAGUUUGGGAAUACCGGCUGCUGGUUUCCGUAACAGAUGAUAAUCUGUUAUCAAGUGCUGAAAGGACUUCAGUCCAUGUUCAAAACGGCACAGUAAAGCUGACCAUCCGAGUGAUUCCGGAUCCAACCACUGUGAUUCCUACCACACCUGGUGUGACCAUUGUGACCAGCAAAGAAAACGUCUAUGCUUCAUCGGCUUGGUAUGUGCCAUUUUUCAUGCUCCUUGGAAGCUUAUUGCUACUGGGGUUCCUCGGCUAUCUGACCGUUUUGCUGGCAAAAUACCUGCGUUCCUGCUGCCCACCAAAACCCAAAGCGGACAUGAAGCCGUAAGUAAAGACGGUGAUAAAGAAGAAAGCAAAGCAAGAAGUCAUAUGGGAAAUGACCAACUUAAAUACAAUUUUCGAUGGGGAAGCAAUCGACCCAGUCACUGGCAAAGUGUAUGAAUACAACUCAAAAUCCGGGGCACGGAGAUGGAAAACCCCCAAUGCGCUUUCCAUGACGGAAGUGAAAGAGUCCGUCACACAAGUAAUAACUCCUCCAAAGAGUGGUGAAGGCAGUCUGUUUAAAGCAGAGUCUACCGCUAGUGGCGGUGAAGGGAAUCUCAAACCGAAGCCGAGAUCUCCAAACAGUGGCGGAAAGGAUCUACCCGAAGCAGAGGCUACCACUACUAGCGGCGGUGAAGGGAAUCUCAAACAGAAGCCGAGAUCUCCAAAAAGUAGAGAAAACGAGCUACCCAAAGCAGAGGUUGAGUCUGGUGGUAAUCAAGGAGAUCUUAAGCAGAUGAAUCCUCCAAAGAAUGACCAGACAGGUGACCUGUUUCAAAGAGAAGAUGAAACCAGGAGACCAAAUCACCUCGAACCAACAGCCGUAGAGAAAAGGACGGAAAGUCCUUUAAAAUUGCAGAAAGCGAACGGGGAACCUCCCAGCAACCGAUCACCUUCACCCGCUCCCCCACGCAGGUCCCCCCUCCCCUCUCCCAAAAUAUAUCCCAAAUAUCAAAAUCAGGCUUAAAAACCGGAACCAGGUGUCCGUAAUCCAGAAGACAUAACAGCUGGAUGCCUCUGAAUGACCGAAACAGGAAGCCAACUCUUACAGGAAGAUUACUGUCUUUUUCGGACUAUAAGAUGCACUUUUUGUCUCUCAAAAGGGAGUGAAAGUGUCUGUGCGUCUUAUAGACCGAAUAUGAUCAAAGCCCCGCCCACCUGCCAGCCAUUUUAUGGCCCAGUUUUCGGGCCUAUUUUCAGCCUUUUUCAGCCUGUUUUCAGGGAUUUUUUUGACCUAUUUUUGAGACUUUUUUCUUACCCAUUUUUUUUUAAAAAAUACAGGCUGAAAAAAGCCUAGAAAAUGGGCCUGAAAAUGCCUCGAAAUGGGCCAAGAAAAGCCUCCAAAACGGGCUGAAAAAACUUCAAAAAUAGGCCAAAAACAAAGCCUCAA